UCAGAAACAAGGAGAAGAAGGUUGCCCCAUUCCUUCCCCUCUUGGCCAGCUACGGCAGGGUGACUCCUUCUCUUUUCCUCUUCAGAAUCCCACAAACCCUAAGGAGAGCAGCCUCUCCUUCAUUCUUCGUGACCGAAGCAAGAGCGGCGCCGCAUGGACGGAGACGACGGUUAUGACGGAAAUUACGGCGACCGAAAUCGACGUGAGUGAACAUUGGAGUUAGGAGGGGACAGAUGUGGAGGAGAUGGCCGAAGGUGGCGCGAUGGUGGAGUUGAACGGAGGUGCGACGUUCUCGCGAAACAGCCUUCAUGGUGGCUCUGCAGUUCUGAGAAGGAGAUAAGGUCGCGAUUGGGUUGCCGGCGAGAGGGUUCGCGUUCUAUCUUGUAUUUCUUGUGAUUGGCUUAAGGAGUGAAAAGAGAUAUGAUAAAAGAGAAUUGAAUUUGUUUCCGGAGAGGGUACUAUGUUGAUUGACUUCUGCUUUCUCGAAUUGUUAUAAUUCUUAUCUAGGCAUUGCUUUGUUGAUGGUUUCUGGUUGCAGGUUCAAAAGAUGUUGGUAAAGGAUGGUAGUGUGAUGGCUGAUGGUAGUGCAGGGGUGUAUGAGGAUGUCAUGAAGGACAAAAAGAUCUUUUGAGAGUUGCAGUAAGAAGCGAGAGGUGCAGCACUUCACUGAGAUAUUUUAAGAAAGUAAUGAGGUUGGAAUAACACACUUUCAAAUUUUCUCGCUUCCAAGUCCCAACUUCCAAUGGUCGUAGUUGCAUUAUCCUCCUCUCUUCCCGUCGGGAGAAACCUCUUCUCUUCCUUACCAUCAACGCCGCCACCCGCCGACCGCACUCCUGCAGUCUCUGCCACUCCACCACCGCCAAUACCCGUCCCCAAGUAUCCCCCACCCCGCAAAUCCCAAAACCGUCCUCCUCAACCCCCGACCCUGAAUCCCGGCCUCAAAUACCACCGCCACUCCAAGUAUCACAAGCCCGUGCCACACGAUGGCGUAGUCGUCUCCGACGACGCGGACCGGUCCGUCAUUAUUGGUGAGUCCGGCGUGUCGUACCUGCUCCCCGGUGCACCGUUCGAGUUCCAGUUUAGCUACUCGGAGACGCCGAAGACAAAGCCGAUCGCGAUUCGGGAGCCGGCGUUUCUGCCGUUCGCGCCGCCCACGAUGCCGCGACCGUGGACGGGGAAGGCGCCGCUGAAGAGCAAAAAGAAGAAGAUUCCGUUGUUCGACUCGUUCAAUCCUCCACCGCUUAGCACGAAGGGCGUGAAGCACGUGGAAAUGCCGGGGCCGUUUCCCAUGGGUCAGUUUCCGAAGGAGGGUAAGACGAGGGAAGAGAUUCUCGGGGAGCCUCUAAAGAGGUGGGAGAUACAAAUGCUUGUUAAGCCGAUGAUGUCAGAUAAUCGGCAGGUGAAUCUUGGAAGGGACGGAUUAACGCAUAACAUGCUGGAAUUGGUACAUUCACAUUGGAAGCGUAGCCGUGUAUGUAAAAUUCGUUGUUUAGGUGUUCCAACUGUUGAUAUGGAUAAUGUAUGUCAUCAUAUUGAGGAGAAAACAGGGGGGAAAAUAAUUCAUCGAGCUGGUGGUGUAGUGUACCUUUUCCGUGGCAGAAAUUACAACUAUAGAACUCGUCCACAGUAUCCAGUGAUGCUCUGGAAGCCAGCUGCUCCUGUUUACCCAAAACUUAUAGAAGAUGCUCCAGAAGGAUUAACAAAAGCUGAAGCUGGUGAAUUACGGAUGAAGGGAAAAAGUCUUUUACCAAUUUGUAAAUUAGCCAAAAAUGGAGUAUAUACAUCCCUUGUAAAGGAUGUCAGAGAUGCUUUUGAAGGAAGUAUUUUGGUGAAAGUUAACUGCAAGGGAUUGGAUCCUAGUGAUUACAAGAAAAUUGGUGCCAAACUCAAGGAUUUGGUACCUUGUGUGCUGUUGUCUUUUGAUGAUGAACAUAUAUUGAUGUGGAGGGGCAAAGAUUGGAAAUCAAGGUACCAGCAACCUGUUCCAGUUUUUACACCUUCAAAAGCUGGUUUUACAGGGAAUUCAGAAAAUUCAGGUGAGACUGAUGACAACCAAACUAAUCAUGGCGACAACAAUGUGGUGAACACAAGCCCAAAAAUGUUAUCUCUGUGGAAGCAUGCAAUUGAAUCUAGCAAAGCUUUGCUGCUGGAUGAAUAUGAUCUUGGUCCUGAUUGUUUGUUGGAGAGGGUAGAGGAAUUUGAGAUUGCUUCACAGGCGUUGGAGCACUCCCAUCCAGCCUUUAGCAUGUCAGUUAAAGAAAAUGACCCAGAAGCUUCAACUGCAAACUUUGAAAAUAGUUAUUCUAGUGAGGACUUUCCUGCUGAAGAGGAGGAUGAAGAAGAUUAUGAUGACUACCAUGAUGAUGAAGACGAUGAUGUAGUGGACACAUCAGCUCAACCCGGAUCAUUAGGCAUUGAUAUGAUUGUCAAAAAGCUAAAACAAAGACCAUUUGAGUAAAUACUUAAUUCGACAUUAAAAAUGGUAAUUUCAAGAGCAUUUGAAUUGAGAAAAAUAGCAGGCUUAAAAUAUUAAAUUGAGUAAAAAAGGAA